GCUAUCCCAAAAGAAAAGGAAAAAAAAAGAAAAUAGCAAGAGCAAUUAUUUAUCAGAAAUCUAGCCUAUACUAUUAUCAUAGGAGAUAGCUAGAGAUAGUAAUAUACUAUUAUCAAUUUAUCAAUCAUUCUUCACGAGAAGCUAAUACUCCGGGCAACUUCUUAUGCUAAAGGCCUAAUAAAGGUUUUCCACAACAUAAGGCCCUGAAGCAAUCAAGAGAGACAUUAGAGGGAAGGUGCACUUGAUCUACACGUCUUAACCCUUCGCCUUUCUGGCUCCCCAGGCUUACAACGUACAUUGCGUUUCCCGACCCAUAGUUUUCACACAAUGGGCCAUGGAGCCAUCACUUCGGUACCUAUAUGUGCUUUUUGGUACAACAGCCUGUUGGUCAAAUAAGUAUUCCAAAUCAUGCUUCCCCGGUCGAUCCACGCCUGUAAAACUAGUGUCUGGGCACUCCACACACUGCUUCUUUCUUGAUCGUCACACAGUCCUUACAUCGUAUCAAUAAAUCCUACUGCUUGAUGUAUAAAAGCAAGUCUCGUUCUAAAAAGGGACUAGCUCACUAAUGGGGAAAGGAC